AUGUCAUCAACUCUGAUAAGAGAGUCACUAUCUCAAGCAAACCUCUUUACGCCAGGAAACUUCGUUGGAAGCCAAACGAGUAUUCUAGGUUCAUCGAACAACGAAAUGAGUAUCACUCUAUCUUAUAUAGGCAAUGAUCCUAUUCAGAGCUUCACGCAAAAAAACAUCAUCUGCAAAAUUAAAUCUUGGGACUCCAGAGUGUUAUUGCAAUGCUCGCCUCUUGACGGCUUCGAUUGUACAGGUAGGUUUUGGAGAUUAACAGUGAAUGUCCAUUAUAAUACCACCAAGGGGAUCGAGAAAACUUCACAUGAGGAAGAUAUGACUUUCCAUUCAAGACUUAGAUGUUUUCCUCUGGCUAAGCUGAAUUCCGUUGAUGAAACAAGGGUAGAAGUCCAGCUUUCCAAUAUCAGGACUAUAGGAAUACGAAACUUUCCCCAGAGAGACUUUGAAAAUCCUGAUCCAACGGCAGAUCUCACAAUAAGUCACAAAAAUAAAAACUUAUACUGUCACAGCCAGGUGUUGAGUUUGAGCUCCAACGUAAUCAGCGAGAUGAUAACAAGCAAGUACGAGCUUCCUUUCUCUGGUCUUACUCAGUGUUCAUUUCAGGAAACCCCCGUUGAAGAUUGA